AUUCAAAAUGCAAAUUAGGGUUCCAGCGCCUACCCUCCGUUCCACCCCCUCCUCCUCUACACAAUCUCAAUUCAACCAUGAGGCCACUAGACGAGUCAGAAACAACACAAGUCUUCGAAAAGCUCUUCAAAUUCACGGGCAACAACCUCAAAAACAUCGUCGAAUCACCCUCCCACGAAGGCCCAGACCAAACCCCAGGCCGCUACUGCUUCCGCCUCCACAAAAACAGAGUCUACUACGUCUCCGAAUCACUAGUCAAACGAGCCACAAACAUCAAGCGAGACAACCUCGUAGCCCUCGGCACCAACAUCGGCAAGUUCACUAAAUCCGGCAAGUUUCAUCUGACCAUUCAGGCCUUGAAUUUAUUGGCUGCUAAUGCGAAACAUAAAGUGUGGCUUAAGCCCACGUCAGAGAUGUCGUUUUUGUAUGGGAAUGAUGUGAUUAAAGGUGGGUUAGGGAGGAUUACGGAUAAUAUUAAUGCGUAUGAUGGGGUUGUGGUGUUUUCGAUGUCGGAUGUGCCGCUUGGGUUUGGGAUUGCGGCGAAGUCGACGCAGGAUUGUCGGAAGAUGGACCCGAAUGGGCUUGUGGUUAUUCGGCAGGCGGAUACUGGCGAGUAUUUGAGGAGCCAGGAGGAUAUUUGAAGAGAUGUGUUGGGUAAGUGCAACUGAUGUUUUGAAGUUUUGUUAGUUGUGGUUUUGGUAUUGUAUGAGUUUUGGUUUAGCUAAUGUUUUGUUAAGUGUUAUGGAUUAUGAAUUUAUGAUAUGAUAUGCAAAGGAAAUUGAUGAAGUGUAUUAUGAAUUUAACACUAGCUACAUUGCUACAACAUCAAAUGUGUUAUA